AUGCCAGUGUGGGUCACAUGGCUUCCUCUCAGCCAGACUUCAUGCAGUUUGCCAUUAAAAUGUUUUCAAUGCCUGUACGCUCGCGAGUCAUACCCGUUGGAUGCAUACGCGUUUGAAGGAAGCCCACGCGAAUAAACAGACAGCCCGGGGCGCUCCAGGACUCGAACGCGGCAGUGGCCCCGGACAGAAAGCGGCGAGGAGGCCCCAAACCGCACUGGAAGACCGGGUUGAAAAAUCAUGGCCAACAUAGCGGUUCAGAGGAUAAAACGGGAAUUCAAGGAGGUUGUCAAAAGUGAAGAGACAAGCAAAAAUCAGAUAAAGGUGGAUCUGGUGGAUGAGAACUUCACAGAACUUAAAGGAGAGAUAGCGGGACCACCUGACACACCGUACGAAGGUGGUAGGUAUCAACUAGAAAUUAAAAUUCCAGAGACAUAUCCUUUCAAUCCACCCAAGGUGCGAUUUAUCACAAAGAUCUGGCAUCCCAACAUCAGUUCAGUCACAGGUGCAAUAUGUUUGGAUAUUCUCAAAGACCAGUGGGCGGCGGCCAUGACGCUGAGGACGGUCCUCUUGUCACUACAAGCUUUAUUGGCAGCUGCAGAACCAGACGAUCCACAAGAUGCAGUGGUAGCCAAUCAGUACAAGCAGAACCCAGAGAUGUUCAAACAGACAGCCAGACUCUGGGCUCACAUCUACGCCGGCGCGCCCGUCUCCAGUCCAGAGUACAUCCGCAAAAUAGACGAACUCUGUGCCAUGGGCUUUGAAAAAAAUGCAGUAAUAGUGGCCUUGUCGUCAAAAUCCUGGGACGUUGAGACGGCGACGGAGCUCCUAAUCAGUAACUGAGUCUCGACGAAAACUUUGACAUCUUCCUCAGCCCUCCCUUCACACGCCCUCGUAUUACCGCUGUCUCUCAGCGUCUCCUCCUGUGUCGCAAAUUCUGUUUCACAGUGGACUCUGCCGCCCCGCACUUCCUCUUCCCCCCUCCUCUGCUGUGCCACACACUCCAAUCAGUUGCUCGGCAAGCACUCAAAGGUCAUUCCACAUUCCGGUCAGCGCUACAAUCAGAAUUCCGACCCCUUAUUAAGGCCCCGACCAGUCAAUCCACGUCUUUGACCGCGUACGACAAGCAUUCGUCCACCUAUGCAGGCAUUCGUUUUUUUAGUUUCGCAAUCGACCAGAAGCACGAAUAUGGCAACCGCCGACUAGCGUGGUCUAAAACGUCGGUAAAACUGUCAUAAUUAUGACAUGACACUGUCAUGAGCAUAAAUGAAUGCUUAUGACAGAUGUCAUGAAGUGUCAUCUGGCAAAUUUUCUCACCAACUCCCUUUUAUGUCCAGUCCGCAUCUUUUACAUCCCUUCAAAAGUGACACAAUUUCCUGGAUGACACUUCAUGACAUCUGUCACAAGCAAUCAUUAAUGCUCAUGACAGUGUCAUGUCGUAAUUAUGACGGUCUUAUUUCGCCACUGAGUCUUUUAAAGCAUUAAGAAGAGGCUGCAAGGACGUUUGGUCACGUUACAACAAUGGAAGUGAGUUGUGGUACGACGCUGUAGUCGGCUUUCUGAGAGAGCCUAUUUUAAUCACACAUUAAACACAUUGAAAUCCUU